AUGGCGACUCCCAGCAGGGCUAAGACGACGGCCCAGAGCAGCGCUCUGCUCCUCGACAAGCUCUCAGCUGCCCUGCCCAAAGGUUACCGGUUCGGUGUCUACCACCUCUCAACACCGCCGACCAAAACCGACGCUCUAUACUCGGCGCCCCCUGAGGAACGCGAAGACAAGACGUACUGCGAAAGACACUUCCUUGCCAUCUCGAUCGAUGUCCCUUCGAGCACCGCCGAAGCCGACAAGCAGGCAGCCACGAACAGCGAUGCCUCCAAGCCCGUUCUCAUACUCGCUCUGGAGGUCUUCGUCUACACCACGGCCUACUCCAGCACGUUUUUCGUCGCCAAGGCCGAUUCAACCGGCUAUUUGAAACUGCUCAAUCUCCCCAAGGGCACCCCGUCGCCCAUCAAGGAAAUCAGCAGUGUCUUCGUCUCAUACCUUGUUGAGCAGCGCAGCCGGAAGGGCAUACAAUCGGUCGUCAGCCUCUUCGCCCGCGCCCAGGACCAGUACCUCUUCCCCGGCAGCGUCGAGUACGCCGGCAAGCACGUUCUUGACGACAGAGGUCUUGUCAAAUGGUGGUGCAGGGUCCUCGAUCCCCUCCUGGAGAAGCCCCCCGUAGGGAAAUGUGCACCCUGGGGUAGCGUCAAAGGAUACCUCGUCAUCCCCGGACUCGAUAGCUAUGAAACGAAAGCCUUUCUGCCGAAGAACCCUAAAAGCGCCGCCAACUGGGUAAUGGGCCAUGCUCUCGAAAAGAUUUCGCAUUACACCAACGAGUACGACUGGGUGCCUGCGCGAUGCCUCAUUCCCCGCUUUCCAGACGACCCCAAGUCGCGAUUCCGAGAUGAAUUGGACGAGGAGACGGGAAAGUCGAAACAGCUAAAGACCACGGGCCAGUGGAAAAGUGUAAAGAGCUUGGACACAUUCUGGGAGAUGAUGGCGUACAGACAGGAGUGCUCCAGCGGGCGCCUAACCGGCUUCAUCUGGGUUGUCUUUGAUACGCAGGAGGAACAGGCGCGCCCGGACAGUGCUUCGACGGCUUUGCCGACGCCAAACCCUUCAUUCGAUGUGUCGAACCCCCCCGUGACACCCACCAAACCCAAGGCCGCACGGCCAGCCACUCCCAUGUCGACGCCUCGCAAACUGUUUCCCCAAGCACAGUCAGCCACGCCUUCCAGGACGAAGCCGGAGAAGCCGGAGCGGAAGAAGAAGAAGAAAAAGACCAAGCUGACGGGCGUCAUCAAACCCCGCCAACCGCGCAUCAAGACCCAGCAGCGCAACUAUUUGUUGGACAAGCCUAUAUCAACUGCCUACUACUACUGGCCGGCCGAGGGCAGAGGCCGCAAGAUUGUCGAUGAGAACGACUACAAGCGCGUCAACGAGCUUCUCCUGCGCUUGGACUUUUCCAAGUUGGACAUUGCAACCAGGAGCACCAGGCGUUGGAUCAGCGAGGUUGGCAUGGGAGACUCGUGGGGCCUGGAGGUCCUCGGCAAGAGGGAUACUCUGGUGUCUUCGUCGAAUGAAUCGUCAGCAGGGGCCGUGAACAACCUCGCAAGCUUGAUCAAGCGCAAACGCACUGAGGAGACGGUGGCCAAUGAGUCCGACGAGCCGGCGAGCAAGGUUAACGUCCUGAGCACGGGUCUCAUCCGAAGAAAAGCCAAAGAAGAGCCUGCCGCCGUCAUUGUCGCGGCCGAAGCGAAAGGCGGGGAGCUCCCGAAAGCUAAUGUGCUUGGCGCCGGGUUGGUCCGCAAGUAG